AUGACAGAAGGAGCGGAAAAGCAGAAAUAACUGCCUAUUUUAAAGUAAGAUCAACAAAUAAACUAUUAAGACAUAUUUGAGAUAGGCGUAACGUAAAUAAAUAACUAUACAGUUCAUUCUUUACCUCUUGAGGUUCUUAUUUCAAGGCUGCAAACUGAUUUAAAUAAUGGAAUUAGUAAUUAUAGAGCUAUGAGAUUAUUAGAGUUAGCAGGUAAGAAUGAAAUUUAAAUAUCUGAAAAACAGUCUAAAAUAAAAGUUCUUAUUAAAGAAAUGUUUAGCAGGUACCAGAUACCUUGCUGGAUAUGUUGCGUUGCUUUGUUUUGUGUUUAUAAAGUUAAGCUCGAGGCUUUAUUUAUUUUAUAUCUUGGUUUAUUCAAUCUUUUAACUAUCUUAAUGGGGAGUAUCUUUAUCUUAGUAUAGAAGUAGUUUUUGGAAUCGCUAAAGUCUAUGAUUACAUAGUAAUCCAAUGAAAAAUUCAAGGUUGUAAGAGAGGGAAAAGUGCUGAGGGUUUGCGGGAGUGAUUUAGUUGAGGGAGAUAUAAUUUUUAUCAAUGAAGGAUAAAUCAUUCCUGCAGACAUCAGAGUUGUAGAAUAUGACAGCAUAGAGUCAGAUUAAAGCUGUUUGACUGGUGAAGGAAGUCCUGUAAAAAAAAAUAAUUAACAAAAUCUAUAACAAAAUUAUAUAGAAAGCUCGAACAUUUUAUUUAAAUAUUGUAUUUGCUCUUCUGGAUGCGCAAAAGGAGUUGUUGUAAAAACUGGUCUGAGGACAAUGCUAGGCUCGUUUGCAAAUUACUUUAUUCAAGAAGAAGAUGAAGAUUUAUCUUAUAAUAUGAACUUUAUAAAAAAGUUGAAGAUUUACAUUCUAUUUGCUUUUAUUAUUUCUAUUCUCUUCUUUUAAUUUUCCUACUAAUAUAAAAGCAUGGACAUUUAUGAGUGUUUUUCAAUUAUGAUAUGCGUAUUUCUUACUAAUUAUCCUAUUAAUUUAUUCUUAGUUGCUUUCUCAUAUUAGUUUUAAAUUGUUAAAAGUCUCUAUCGAUAAAAUAUUUUGGUUAAGCAGAUUUAUCAUUAGUUUAGGAGUGUUAGAAGAAACGUUUAAAUUCUCCUAGACAUUAAAACUCUAUCUAAUCAUGCUCUGCAAGUUAAUCACAUUUGGUAUGCUGGAAGAAGCUAUUUAAAGGACUACGAUGUCACUGAUUUAAAUUUUUAAGCUCUUUUAAAAGGAUUGCUUGUAACUUGUAAUGCAACUUUUGAUAUUGACGAAUACUCAAAAUUUAAUAAAAUUAACUAUGAUCAAUGCCUUAUACAAGGCAGUAUUAGUGGCUUGGAAGUAGGUCAGCUUAAAUUUUUGCAAAAUAUCUGCGAUGUUGCUCUUCAUUAGAAGUUAUUUAGAAUAGUUUAAAAUAAAGAUGGAUCUAUUGCUAAGAACAGAAAUAGAAUUUUUGCUAGAGGAUAAAUUGUAGUUGUUGAAGAAGAAACAAAUGAUAGCUUUUACACUGCUUAUAUUAAAGGCAAUGUAGAAGAUAUUAUAGCGUAUUGCUCAUACUUAUUUGUUAAUGGCAACAAAGUCAAAUUAGACUUUUAUCAGAUGCAAAGAAUUCAUAGUCAAUAAAAACAAUAUUGCAAAACAGAUAGCUCUGUGAUUGGAGUUGCGAUGCUCCCUCUUAGUAAAAUUUUUUUCCCAAGAGGUUCAAAUAUAUAGUUAGACUCAUACGAUUUGCCAUUUGCUUUGAAGGAUUUUAUUUUCUGUGGAAUGAUAUCGCAAAAGGAAGAAAUAGCUUAAGGCAUUUCACAAGACAUAGAAAAAUUGAAACAAUAAAACAUAAAAUUAGCUGUUUUAACUAACACCUAAAUUAAUGGCUAAAUAAAAGAUCUGCUCAUUAAGAGCGGAUUAAUAUCAGGUGGAGUUUUAAAUAAUUUAGAGUUAUAAGAAAAUGGAUUAAGUUUAGAAAACUCCAUCUAAGAAAGCGAAGUGCUAGUAAUUGACAACAAAGAGGUUAUAGAUUAUUUAGUAAAUAAUAUUAAAAAACUAAAAGAAAUCAUACAAAGUAAGAAACUCUUAAUAUUUUCCCAAAUUAGCUACGAAACAAAAAAUAUUUUAGAAAACAUUGGUGCCUUCAAUAUCUACGUUUCAAGACAGUAAAUGAUUCAGUAUUACUCAAACCUCAGUGUCAUAUAUGGUAAUACCCAAGACCAAUAUGUAAAAAGCAGAUAUGACAUUAUUUUAAAUGAUAGUAAUCUAAAUCAAGUGAUUAAGCUUAUAUAAAUGCUUAAAAAACACUCUAAUAGCAUAGAAAGUUUCAAAAAAUGCUACUUUGUGUCAACUGCAAUUAAAAUACUCUGCUUCAUGCUUAUUGCUGUUUUCGAUAUCCCUAUUCUCUAAUCCUGUUUUAUCAUGUAUCUAGUUUUCUUUUUAUUUGACUAUCUACUCAUCAUGAGAUAAAAAUAUACUAAAAUCACUAUCAACGAUUGA